AUGUAAGAAGAUUUUACUUAUAAUUCUGAGAUUAUGAAAUCAUAGUUAAGCAUGCUGCCUCCAAUAGAAUAAUUUACUCUAUAAUAGUUAGCCAAUAAACGAAAAAUAAACUUUAACAUGAUGCUUUCAUUACCGGUUUAAUAUUAAAUUCCUAUAUACAGUUUCUUUUAAAAGACAAGGCAUUGGAAGAUAGAAAGGAUACUAUUGCAAUAUAUAGAAAACGUAAAUUCGAACCAUUAAAACCUCAAAAACAUAAGGUGACUUUAAUUAAUAGUGGUCGCAUUCACUGCCCUGAAUUUUGGUCAGACAAAUAUCAAAGUACUGCUUUAAGAGAUUCACAUAUUGAUAGAAACUUAAAUAAAUAUAGAUAAAUCAUAAAAAAUAACAUCUAAGAUUAUUUAGUAAAAUUUGAUAUGCAAGCUAAAGUAUAAAUAGAAGAAGCAAAAAAGUAUUAAUUUAAUCGAUUCAAGAAUUAAAUAUUAAGAAAUCUUAAAAAAACAAGGUUCCAGCUCUGAUGAAGAAUUUGCUCCUUCAAAUAAUGAAUUAAAUCUUAGUUAAUGCACUCAAGAUGAAAUUAUUAAUUUCUAUAAAGAUGUAAAAAAACAUGAUCCUGUUUAAAAGACAAGUUUGAAGAAUCUUGAUAAGAUAACUUGCAAUAGUGUAAAAUAAAGUUUUAUAGAAAAAUUUGAUAAAGUUAUAGUUACAUGUGAUCGUAAUUCAAUUGCAUCUAACAGAAAUUCUUUAGAUAGUAUAAAGUAAUAUCUAAAUACUAUAUUAUUAAAGCACUUGUGGAUAUGCAAAUGUGAAAUAACGAAAUAAAAAUAUUAUUGGUAGUAAGACAAGUAGAAGUCAUUAUAAUUGA